AAGUUCGGAUUAUUAUUAUUUUUUUCCCGAUGUAUUACCAUCAAUCUUAAGGUAGUAUAAUGAGUUUGGAUUCGGCAUCGCGGGUUCCUCCGGCAACGGAAUGAGUUCCGAAGUUCCGGUCGAAACCUCUUCGGUUGCCUUGGUUGUGCCGUCCUCACCGCUGCCCUUCGGGUCAAGUGUGGGGGCUGCCACCAUGACCUCUUUUUCGAUGCCAAGCUCGAUCUUCGGGUCGGCCCCUCAACCCAUUCCGGGGCUCGAAACCACGGGGAGUUACCCCGUUGGUAAUUCGAACCCGUUUCUCGGACUGACUAUGGCUUCAGCCUCGACGGCCAACUUUGGACCAAACGCGAGUUUCACCGCACCGGUCAAUCCAUUCGUUGGACCUCAUUGGGCGACCAACGAGCCUUUCCUUCAUACACCCAAUGCAGUUGGUUCGAUUUCGAUGCCCGCUUGUUCGGUCCAGAGGCCACUGAAGUUCAAUGGUACGAACUUCAAGAUGUGGCAACAAAAGACGGUGUUCUUUUUGACCGUCCUGGGGUUUGCUGAGUACCUGCAGCAAGAUCCUCCCCAACCGAACAAUGGAAACGACCCCCUCGUGGCGAUGGUGAACCAAGCAUGGUACCAUAAUAAAUAUCUCACCAUCAACAUCAUCCUCGAGGGGUUGGCCGAGACGUUGUACCCCGUCUACGCCGGUGCAAAGCAUGCCAAGGAGCUUUGGAGCAGCUUGAACAAGAAGUAUCAAGCUGAAGAUGCGGGCACGAAGAAGUUCAUUGUCGGGAAGAUGCUGGACUACAAGAUGGUCGGCAGCAAAUCUAUUGUCACCCAGGCUGAAGAGCUUACAGUAAUCUUCAAUAAAUGUAAUGAAGAGAAAGUAGGCGUCAGUGAAGAAUUUCAAGUGGCAGCCAUCAUUCACAAACUUCCACGAUCUUGGGAAGACUUCCAAGCCGAUCUCAAGCUCAAAAGAUUCGAGCUGAACCUUGAGCAACUGCUCACACGGUUGAGGAUCCGAGAAGAAGGGCUUGCCAGAAGAGGUGGAUGGGCAAAAGCAAAUGUCGUAGAACAUCUGUCGGGCUCUUCACAUGGCAAGAAGGACAAGAAGAAAAUAGGUCCUAAGGGUGGCGUUUUUAAAUUUGCAGGGAAAUGCUACAAUUGUGGCAUUACCGGGCAUCGUUCCUAUGACUAAAGGAAAAAGAAGCCACAAAAGAAUAAGAAGAAAACCACCGAAGCCAUGUGCGCAGAGCAUGACAACUUGGACCUCUGCGCGGUUGUCACCGAGGUGAACCUUGUCGUGUCAAACCUGAGGGAAUGGUUUGUGGACACAGGAGUCACACGCCAUAUUUGCUCAAACAUGAGCAUGUUUCACGACUUCUAAGAGACCUCUGGUGACAAGGUCUGGAUGGGCAACUCGGCCCAAUCAGAGGUUCAAGGGGUUGGUAAGAUUAAGCUUAAAAUGACCUCCGGGGUCAUUGUUGAUCAAACAUGGCUUUCGGAUGGUGUUUGAAUCAUAUAAGCUAAUCUUAUCCAAGAAAGGGAUUUUUAUAGG